AUGCAGGCGCGCUACUCCGUGUCCAGUCCCAACUCCCUGGGAGUGGUGCCCUAUCUCGGUGGCGAGCAGAGCUACUACCGCGCGGCGGCGGCGGCGGCUGGGGGCGGCUACACCGCCAUGCCGGCGCCCAUGAGCAUGUACUCGCACCCCGCGGCGCACGCCGAGCAGUACCCGGGCGGCAUGGCGCGCGCCUACGGGCCCUACACGCCGCAGCCACAGCCCAAGGACAUGGUGAAGCCGCCCUACAGCUACAUCGCGCUCAUCACCAUGGCCAUCCAGAAUGCACCCGACAAGAAGAUCACGCUCAACGGCAUCUACCAGUUCAUCAUGGACCGCUUCCCCUUCUACCGGGACAACAAGCAGGGCUGGCAGAACAGCAUCCGCCACAACCUUUCGCUCAACGAGUGCUUCGUAAAGGUGCCACGCGACGACAAGAAGCCUGGCAAGGGCAGCUACUGGACGCUCGACCCGGACUCGUACAACAUGUUUGAGAACGGCAGUUUCCUGCGGCGGCGCCGGCGAUUCAAGAAGAAAGACGCGGUGAAGGACAAGGAGGAGAAGGACCGGCUGCACCUCAAGGAGCCGCCCGCGCCGCCCGCGCCCGAGCCCACCGACAGCGGCGCGCCCGGGGUCGCGGGGCCGCCCGGCGCUCAGCCGCAGCCCGUGCGCAUCCAGGACAUUAAGACCGAGAACGGUACGUGCUCCUCGCCUCCCCAGCCCCUGUCCCCGGCUGCUGCUGCAGCCGUGCCCAAGAUCGAGAGCCCCGACAGCAGCAGCAGCAGCCUGUCGAGCGGGAGCAGCCCCCGCGGCGGCCUGCCUGCCGCACGCCCGCUCAGCCUGGACGGCGCCGAGCUGGCGCAGCCUCCGGCCCCCGCGCCGCCCGCGCCACCGCACAGCCAGGGCUUCAGCGUGGACAACAUCAUGACAUCGCUGCGGGGGUCGCCGCAGGGCGCGGCCGCGGAGCUGGGUUCUGGCCUGUUGGCCUCGGCGGCGUCCUCCAGGCCGGGCCUGGCGCCCCCGCUGGCGCUGAGCGCCUACUCGCCGGGCCAGAGCUCCCUGUACAGCGCACCCUGCGGUCAGAGCUCCGGCGCGGGCAGUGGCGCAGGGGGCGCGGGCGGCGCGGGCGGCGCGGGGACCUACCACUGCAACAUGCAGGCUAUGAGCUUGUACGCGGCCGGCGAGCGCGGCAGCCACCUGCAGGGCGCUCCCGGGGGCGCGGGCGGCGCGGCCGUGGACGACGCCCUGCCUGACUACUCGCUGCCCCCGGCCACCAGCAGCAGCUCCUCGACGCUGAGCCACGGCGGGGGUGGUGGCGGCGGGGGCGGGGGAGGCCCGGAGGCCGGCCACCACCCGUCGGCGCACCAAGGUCGCCUAGCUUCUUGGUACCUGAAUCAGGCCGCGGGGGACCUAGGCCACCUGGCGAGCGCAGCGGCGGCGGCGGCGGCAGCGGGCUAUCCUGGACAGCAGCAGAACUUCCACUCGGUGCGGGAGAUGUUCGAGGCACAGAGGAUUGGUUUGAACAGCUCUCCGGUCAAUGGCAACAGCAGCUGCCAGAUGGCCUUCCCCUCCAGCCAGUCCCUGUACCGCACGUCCGGGGCUUUCGUCUACGACUGCAGCAAGUUUUGA